AUGACCACUUCUCUGGACGUGCCAGACAAGAUCCUGGCUCUUGGAUACUUUGAUGAUAAGCCCUUCCUGCGCUACAAGGGGGACAACAGAACAGCAGAGGCUUUGAGGCCCGGGAUCAAGGGACAUGCAGGAGCUGAGACCCAGGCAAGAGAGACUGAGGGCCUGUGGAAGAAGCAACUCAGAGCAAUGGUGGCAGAGGUUGCAAGACAGAUAGACCAAGACAGGGGAAAUCACACCAUCCAGGUGACCUUUGGCUGUGAGCUUCAUAGGAACGGGAGCACUAGAGGCUUCUGGCGCUUGGGCUAUGAUGGGCAGGAUUCCAUCACAUUUGAUCAGAAGACUCUCACGUGGACAAUGGCUGUGCCCUCCACCCAGCAGACCAGGAACUUCCGGGAGAUAUAUACACCCAAAGCUGCUCAGGUUUUCUUAAAGGACACAUGUCCUGCUCAGCUCCAGGAAUGCCUGGAUUCCUCUAAGAACAUUCUGCUGGAUACAGGUGCCCCGAAGGUGAAAGUCACCAGCAGGAGAUACCCAGUGGGCAGGAUCACCCUGACAUGCUGGGCUUUUAAUCUGUAUCCUCCUGUAGCCACCCUGGUCUGGCUUCAGGGUGGGAAGCCAGUACAGCAGCAGACCUUUGGGCCUGGGACCAUUCUGCCCAGUGGUGAUGGAACCUACCAGACCUGGGUGUCUAUUUGGGUUCUUCCUGGACAAGAGCCAGAGUUCACCUGCUGCCUGAGGAACUGCAGCAAAAACAUUGUGGACCCUGUUUUCCUUGGUCCCCCGAAGGUGAAAGUGACCAACAAGAAAUACCCAAAGGGCAGGAUCAGCCUGUCAUGCUGGGCUUUUAAUCUGUAUCCUCCUGUGGCCAUCCUGGUCUGGCUUCAGGGUGGGAAGCCAGUACAGCAGCAGACUUUUGGGCCUGGGACCAUUCUGCCCGGUGGUGAUGAGACCUACCAGACAUGGGUGUCUAUUUGGGUUCUUUCUGGACAGGAGCCAGAGUUCACCUGCCACCUGAGGCCCCUGGUUUCCUUGGACAUCAAGCCAGGAAAACUGGUGGGGCCCCCAGCUCUGCUUCAGCUCUGGUGGCUUCUGCUCUUG